AUGGAGGACGACGAUCUCGAGUACGAUAUAACAUUUCCUACUCCGCUUCCGGCAGACACACUUGCUGACGAAGAAGAUGCAUUAUCUGGAAAGAAAGAACCCGUUGUUAUUUUGUUAGGGUGGUUGGGCUGUACAGAAAAGUAUCUUUCGAAGUAUGGUCAAAUAUAUGACGAAAGAGGGUGUAUAACUAUCAGAUAUACAUCACCAAGAGAUACUGCAUUUUUCAAAGUGGAACAAUUAAAGGACACUGCUUGCAAGUUACUAGAUUUAUUGGAGGACUACUCAAUCACAGAAAAUCCAAUUUUGUUCCAUAUCUUCAGCAACAAUGGCAGCUUUGUGUAUGCAAACAUUGUUGAGGUCCUCACCAGUGGAGAUAAAAGGUACCAGAAUCUCAAUGUAUGUGGUGUUGUUAUCGACAGUGCCCCAGGAAAACCUCGUUUUAAAAAUGCUGCUGUAGCUUAUGGGACAAGUCUUAACGUUAAUCCAGUUUUACGAUAUAUCAUGAUGUUUUGUUUAUGGCUAUAUUUAGCAUUUACAGGUGUGAUAUCUAGUCUAGCUGUCAAGUUCUAUCCCAAAAUAAAAGAGAAAAGUAAUCAUUUUCUUUGGGACAAAAUGGCAUCUGAUCCAACACGCUGGCCAAUGCUUUUUUUAUACUCCGUUGUGGACAAAAUUAUCCUUGCAGAGGACAUUGAAGAUAUGAUUAGCCGCAGACGUGCACUUGGUGUGCAUGUAAGUGCCAUGUGCUGGGAUGACACGGAUCAUGUUUCACACCUGAGGAAACAUCCUGAGCAAUAUGCCGAAGCUUGUGGUGACUUCCUAAUCUCAUGUUUAGGUUAUGACCAAGAUAUUGAGCGACAUUCUGACCAAGAAACUCUCGAGACCAAUCAGGAUUACCUGUUAGCAAAGAAGCAGUAGUAACUAAGGAAGCAAAGAAAAGUUCAUGUCUGGUCCAUCUUUAUCUUUCACCUAUGUUUUCGCCUUGUCUCUGCCCAAGUUUUUAUGCCCCCGAAGGGAGGCUUAUUAGUUUUCAACUGUCCGUCCGUUCGUUCGUCACAACGUUAACUUUUUGCAUGAAGGCAAACUUUAACUUUUUGCAUGAAGGCACUUUACUCGCGAACCACUGUACCCAGGACCUUCAAACUUUACUUGCUGAUAGUACUUAUUGAGUACACGACCCCUACUGACUGGGGUCACCAGGUCAAAGGUCAAGGUCACAGGGGCCAAUGUUAACUUUUUGCAUGAAGGCACUUUACUCGCGAACCACUGCGCCCAGGACCUUCAAACUUCACAUGCUAAUAGUACUUAUUGAGUACACGACCCCUACUGACUUUAGGGUCACCAGGUCAAAGGUCAAGGUCACAGGGGCCAAUGUUAAACUUUUUGCAUGAAGGCACUUUACUCACGAACCACUGCACCCAGGACCUUCAAACUUCACAUGCUGUUAGUACUUAUUGAGUACACGACCCUUACUGACUUUGGGGUCACCAGGUCAAAGGUCAAGGUCACAGGGGCCAAUGUUGACUUUUUGCAUGAAGGCACUUUACUCGUGAACCACUGCACCCAGGACCUUCAGACUUCACAUGCUAAUAGUACUUAUUGAGUACACAACCCCUAUUGACUUUGGGGUCAAAGGUCAAGGUCAAAGGUCAAGGCGCUUCGGGGGCAUUUGUCACCAUUAGUGACAGCUCUUGUUAAAUAUGUUUCAGGCAGAUAGUUUUUAAAAGAUUUAAUUUUUUUCUCACUAAAGCCUGCUGCAUGUAAAUGUAAUAUAAUAGUCUUAGCAAAGAUUUUGAAAAUUUGUAUUUUUUAAUAGUGACAGGAAAGUUUAGUCAGAAAUUUAGAGUUAGAAAACAUUUGUCAUUGAACUUGAGGAGUGAAAGUUUGGCCUGGUCUUAAUCAUUUGUCUGCUAAAAGAAAUGACUGAAAUUAAAUUUUGAGAAAGUUUUUUUUUCCUUUUAGGUGCUUACAUUUUUGUAGACUAGUGCAAAAGAUUAUUGUUAGUGGAUUUAUGUAAGCUUUUAUUAUACAUUUAAUAAACAAGCGUUUAAGAUUUUAGCUUGACUACUUGAAAUUUUUCAAAUUGUAGAGACUUUUGUUAUCAUCCUUUCAUUGUCAUCCAAAACGUUUUGCUUUGCAUAUAAGCAGGUUUCUCAAACUCUACUUGGCUAAAAUCUAUUACACUAAGUCUUGUCUUUGGUAUCACUAAUUUAGCUCAUAGGACAAGUAAUAUAACUCUUGCUUUUAUUUAGUCAGAGUAUUGCCACUUUUUAACUUAAAAGUUUUGGUGAAGGUUUCACAUGUAAGGAUGUUUCUCAGAAAUUUUCGAACUCCAAACAUAUUUAGCAUCAAGACUUUACCUUACAGGUUAUGUAGCUCUGGCCUACAUGUUGUUAAAAUUAUGCCCUUUUUAGUAUUAAAAGUUUGAGAAAGUUUUGUAUGUACACAUGUUUAUCAGAAACUAGUAGACGGGUUUUGUAAUUCUGGUUUACACAGUUAUGCCCCAUUUUAUCUUAGAAAUUUGUUGACAGUUUUGCAUAUAAGCAGUUUUCUCAGAAACUGUUGUACUGAAUGCUGUCAAAGUUUUAAAAAUAUUUUAACAUCAGAAAAUGACCAUUCUGAGACAGGCUCCAUAAUUUUAAAGCAAGUUUAUGAAAUUAUGCCCCUUAUUGCAGCAUAGGAAAUGUUUGUAUGGUUUCAAAUACUCCUGUGUCAUCAUUAGAUAGCUAUUGUUGUUCAUUAAUUGUAUCAUUGUUGAAUUUGUUGUAGACAUGCUUGCCAUGAAAGCUACCUUCCAUGGAAUUGCAAGCAUUUAAUAUUUUAUUUUCAACUUCAGACUAUGCAAAUAGCAAUUGUUGUAUUUUAACUCCAUUUUGUUAUUUUGUAAUUGCUUAUUUUUCAUGGUGUACCAAAACCUAUUUUUAGAAGGUGAAAUUGGAAGUACAGAAAUUUUAUUGGUUCUCCCAAAUGUCAAAAAAAAAAUUCACAGAUAUAAACAGUCAACAAGGUGACUGUAAGCAGUAGUUACAAGAUUAAGGUAAGAUAAAUGGACUGUAACUUGUAUGUUUUGUUUACGAAGUGUUAAUUAUUUUUCCUCAUAAUCGUUAGCCUCCCACUUAGCUCUAUAGUGCGAGCACAGAUCUACAGAUCACAGGGUCUUGAGUUCAGCCCGUGGGCGAGGCAUAUGUUCUCCAUGACAGUUUGAUAAAAGACAAUAUGUCUGAAGCCACCUCUGAUUCUUGUGGGGAAGUUGGCAGUUACUUGCCGAGAACAGGUUUGUACUAGUACAGAAUCAAUGUCUCAAUUUCUUACUGCCGAACAUUGACAUGGCUUACAUCAUGAAAUAGAUGUCUGGACAAGUGCCAACAUUAUCUGUGCUAUUAUUAGCUCACCAGAGCACAAAGUGCUAAAGGUGAGCUAUUGUGACCGGUCAUUGUUCGGCGUGUGUCGUCCGUCAAUAUUUGCCUUGUGAACACUAGGGGCCACAUUUGUGACCCAAUCUUUAUGAAACUUGGUCAGAAUGUUAGUCUUGAUGAUCUCUAGGUCAGGUUCGAAACUGGGUCAUGUGGGGUCAAAAACUAGGUCAGUAGGUCAGAUCAAAGGAAAAGCUUGUGAACACUCUAGAGACCACAUUUGUGACCCAAUCUUUAUGAAACUUGGUCAGAAAGUUAGUCUUGAUAAUCUCUGGGUCAAUUUCGAAACUGGAUCAUGUGGGGUCAAAAACUAGGUCAGUAGGCCAGACCAAAGGAAAAGCUUGUGAACACUCUAGAGACCACAUUUGUGACCCAAUCUUUAUGAAACUUGGUCAGAAAGUUAGUCUUGAUGAUCUCUGGGUCAAGUUCGAAACUGGAUCAUGUGGGGUCAAAAACUAGGUCAGUAGGUCAGACCAAAGGAAAAGCUUGUGAACACUCUAGAGACCACAUUUUUGAACCAAUCUUUAUGAAACUUGGUUAGAAUGUUAAUCUUAAUGAUCUCUAGGUCAAGUUCGAAACUGGGUCAUGUUGGGUCAAAAACUUGGUCAGUAGGUCAGAUCAAAGGAAAAGCUUGUGAACACUCUAGAGACCACAUUUGUGACCCAAUCUUUAUGAAACUUGGUCAGAAAGUUAGACUUGGUGAUCUCUGGAUCAAGUUCGAAACUGGGUCAUGUGGGGUCAAAAACUAGGUCUGUUGGUCAGACCAAAGGAAAAGCUUGUGAACACUCUAGAGACCACAUUUUUGACCCGAUGUUUAUGAAACUUUGUCAGAAUGUUAGUCUUGAUGAUCACUAGGUCAAGUUCGAAACUGGGUCAUGUGGGAUCAAAAACUAGGUCAUUAGGUCAGACCAAAGGAAAAGCUUGUGAACACUCUAGGGACCACAUUUUUGACCCAAUCUUUACGAAACUUGAUCAGAAUGUAAGUCUUCAUGAUCUCUGGGUCAAGUUCGAAACUGGGUCAUGUUGGGUUAAAAAACUAGGUCAGUAGUUCAGAUCAAAGGAAAAGCUUGUGAACAGUCUAGAGACCACAUUUUUGACCCAAUUUUUAUGAAACUUGGUAAGAAUGUUAGUCUUAAUGAUCCCCAAGUCAAGUUCGAAACUGGUUCAUGUUGGGUCAAAAACUAGGUCAGUAGGUCAGAUCAAAGGAAAAGCUUGUGAACACUCUAGAGACCACAUUUUGACCCAAUCUUUAUGAAACUUAGUCAGAAUGGAAGUCUUGAUGAUCUCUAGGUCAAGUUCAAAACUGAGUCAUGUGGGGUCAAAAACUAGGUCAGUAGGUCAGAUCAAAGGAAAAGCUUGUGAACACUCUAGAGACCACAUUUGUGCCCCAAUCUUUAUGAAACUUGAUCAGAAUGUUAGUCUUGAUGAUCUCUAGGUCAAGUUUGAAUCUGGGUCAUGUUGGGUCAAAAACUAGGUCAGUAGGUCAGAUCAAUGGAAAACCUUGUGAACACUCUAGAGACCACAUUUGUGACCCAAUCUUUAUGAAACUUGGUCAGAAUGUUUGUCUUGAUGAUCUCUAAGUCAGUUUCGAAACUGGGUCAUGUUGGAUUUAAAACUAGGUCACCUGAUCAAAUCAAAGGAAAAGCUUGUGAACACUCUAGAGGCCACAGUUGUGACCCAAUAUUUAUGAAACUUAGAAAGUUUGGCUUGAUGAUUUAUAGGUUAACUUUGAAUCCUGGUCAUGUGGGAUCAAAAACUAGGUCACCUGGUCAGAUUAAAGGAAAAGCUUGGGAACACUUUAGAGGCCACAUUUGUGAAUCAAUCUUUAUGAAACUGGGUCAGAAUGAUUGUCUUAAUCAUUUCUAGGUCAGGUUUGAAUCUUGGUCAUGUGGGGUAAAAAACUAGGUCACUAGAACAGAUCAAAGGAAAUUCUUUUCAACACUCUCGAGACCACAAUUUAAGUUUGAAACUCAUGAGAAUUAGCCAGAAUGUUUGUUUUGCUAAUCUAUAGGUCAAGUUCGAAUCUGGGUCAUAUGGGGUCAGAAACUAGGUCACCCGGUCAAAUCAAAGGAAAAGCUUGUGAACACCCUAGAGGCCACAGUUGUAACCAAAUCUUUAUGAAAUUUAGUCAGAAUGUUUGUCUUGAUGAUCUUUAGGUCAAGUUCAACCCUUGGUCAUGUGGGGUCAGAUCAACUCUGGUGAGAGAUAUAUAGGGCCAUCAUGGCCCUCUUGUUAUAAUUGCAUAAGUGUCGUGGAUGACAGUUAGUAGUUAUGUGGUAAUUCCCAUCGAAAUCUUUGAAAGUAUGCCAAUUUUAACAAUUUUCACUGCUUCAGUAUUGAAAACAAAAUUAUUUGACCAUGUAGAAAACAAAAUUAUUUGACCAUGUACAAGUAGAACAGUUUUUCCCAUAACAAAAUUUAAUUGUUCUGUGGAAAGUAGCUCUAAACAAUACAUAAGAAUAAGUAAAAUGUAGAUUAAUUAUUUCAUUGUUUAUUUUUUGUAGACAAGACUUGACAUUAAACAAUACAUAAGAUUGAGUAAAAUGUGGUUGUAUUUAAUGAAGGUGUAUAAAAAGUGAACCAAAAGUCAAACAAAGAAGUUAUACAAUUCUUCCCGAAGAUUACAUAAAUGUUGAUUUAAUGUUUGACUGAGGGAAUGAGGUGUUUUAAUAACAUCUUUGCUAAUGAAAUGAAUCAACAGUAAAUUACUUGUUGAUAAAAUGUCCACAUGGUGCUGCUAACAUCGAAGGCUUGAGAGAGAACUCCUGGAAAUUCUACAGCAGUUUUCUGUCCAGUCCCAAACAUAACAUUUGUAUAUAUUGCACACAUAUUGUGCCAUAUGAUAAAUCAUAUAUUGGUUAUACCAAAUUUACUAUUCUUUGGUGGUAAUCCUUUUUACAUGCCAAUGAUAUAUUCUAAUAAGUAUAUUUAUAUAUUUCACUUUAACUCAGCAGGCAUUUAUACUUGCAUUUAAAAAUACUGUUAUGGCUUAUGCGCUUGUAUAGAUUUUUUUUCGUAUACUGAUGCUGCCAAGGCUAGAGGAAUGUGGGAAUGUUGGGAAAUAUAGCCAUGCAAGUUUCAGAAACAAAGAAUUAUGACAUUUAGUACUAAUAGUGUUUUACUAAAUAUAUAUAGGGUAUUACUUUACUAACUAAAUAGGUCAAUUUCAAAGAUUUUGCUAUCAUACUUCGUACAUAGGUAGCCGUUUGAUUGCACUUAAAGUUGCUUCUAUCUAGGUCAUUAUUACGAAAAGUAGUUUUCACGAAUCAUUUUAAAUUAGAAAUGCAGGUAGCAUGUUGACCAUACUUGGUACUUAGGUAGUUCUUGUAUUUUGUUUUGCAUGGGUCAAUGACAAGGUUAUUGCUACAAAAAAAAAAGAGGAGAAAAAUAA